GUCUGCUAGCGCCGCUCCCUCCUCGCGCCAUUGAGCAGUCAGUGAAGCUGACGCUGGUCUGAAGACUUUCAUCCAUUAAACAGAGCACUUGUAACUGUACGCAGUAGAUCAUGGCCGAGCAUGAACCCACCCCGGAGCAGCUAGCAGCCAUUGCUGCUGAGAAUGAGGAGAGCGACUCUGUAAACUACAAGCCACCAGCACAAAAGAGCCUGCAGGAGAUCCAGGAGCUGGAUAAGGAAGAUGAAAGCCUGCGCAAGUACAAGGAGGCUUUGCUCGGCUCGAGCUCAGUGGCAGUAGAUGCUAAUACUCCCAAUGUCCUGGUGACACGACUUACUUUAAUGUGUGAAGCGGCUCCUGCGCCUCUGGUCCUUGACUUGCAAGGAGACCUGGACACUUUUAAAAAGCAGUCAUUCGUGCUGAAAGAAGGAGUGGAGUACAAGAUAAAGAUCAGCUUCAAGGUCAACAAGGAGAUCGUUUCAGGACUGAAGUAUGUACAACAAACCUUUAGGAAAGGUGUCAAGCUUGACAAAUCCGACUACAUGGUGGGGAGCUAUGGGCCACGGCCGGCCGAGUACGAGUUUCUCACUCCGCUGGAGGAGGCCCCCAAAGGAAUGCUGGCCCGCGGCACCUACAACAUCAAGUCCAAAUUCACCGACGACGACAAGCACGACCACCUUUCCUGGGAGUGGAGCCUGAACAUCAAGAAGGACUGGAAAGAUUGAGCUGCUCCUGAACCUCAACUGCUUUUCCUCUCUGUUUUUUCAUUGCUCCUACCUCUCUCUUCUCCCCCUCCCUACCUUCACAUCACAAGUCCCAUCAUCAUGGAAUAACCGGUUAGUCGACAAACACCCCUCAGAUCUAUCACUCCGUCCACCUUCCUAUUGAAUCCUUCUUUGCUAUUCCUUCACUUCCUUCCUUUUCCAUGAGUAUUGAAGAUUUUCAUGAAAAUAUAUAUAUCUAUAUAUAUGUGAAAAACAAACAAAAUUGUGCACAAUCCAGAUUUUGAUUUUUUUUCUUGUUUGUAUAUAAAACUUUAAAAAAAGAGAGGAGAAAAAAAAAUUCAAAAACAUGAAUGCUUUCGGCAUGGCUGUUAUAAGUAAUCUUCUCUCCCCGUGUGCCUCCGUGUCCUCCCUCACCUCGUGUUUUGUCGUGUCUUGUUGUUUUACUCGCAUUCCAUUUCUUUUCUUAAUUAUUUUAAAUGACCAUGAUAUGCCUUGAAUGGGAAAUGGUUCCGUAUACUGACGUUUUGCCCACUAGCAUUCCUCCAAGUCACUGCUUUCCGUGAUCCAAAGGAAAACGAAUUGUUGUAGAGAAUUAUGGGUAUUCUGUGUGUGCCGUAAUUAAUGCAACUGACAUGUGUUGCUUGAUUGGCUUCUAGAGGUUGUCUGCGCAUGUGGGUUUAGCCGUUUUGACUUUGUACUCACGAAAGGAGCUCCGCUGGUCAGCCUUCCUGGUAUUGAUGUGUCAUUUUCUUCGCCGUGUGGCCUUAAAAAAAUUCCUGUAGCAAGAUUUUUGAUGAGCUCAUUGCCUUUAUGUUUUAUAUUCAAUUAAAAAAAAUUCCACCUCUUGAAGCUGAAUGUUCUCCAAAUACAACUGCUUCCAGUUGGGAAGGAUCUUUUAUCUGGUGCCUCAUCUGCUCAUCUACAUUCAGGAUAGACGAAACAUGAAGGCUAGUAGAAGUAUGCUGGAUGGAAGACAUCCUGGCCACCCUUGCUCCUUCUCGAUCGUCUUGAUUUGUGCUUCUGCUUUGUAUCCUUCUCCCGAAUGUAUCCAUUUUUAAGGCAGGUGCUUAAUUUGAGAUGUGCCCUUUGUGUGUGGUCUACUCAGCACUAAAGAGAUUUCUCGAAGCAGAAAGGGCUGUUUCUACCUGCAGACCUCGAGUACUUCUGUACUGAAGAAAAUCACUGGUUGUGCCUCCACUAUUAACAAUCACAAGCUGCUCUGUAAACAUCUUAAAAUCUACAAACAUGAAGUCAAAACUCUAAGGUGGGAUGUAGUUCUCCAGUUCAGAACAGCCUGGUGUAUACACACAGUCAUCUUCACACCAUUGCCAGUAAUGUUGCAUGAAGAUUUUUUUAGCACUUUUUUUUUAUUUUUUUUCCACUUGGUCUUUGUACUUGUUCUCUCACUGUGGAAGGAGAUUACUGCUCAUCUGUGUCAACAUUAAAGUGUUCAGAAUGGAA